UUGGUAACAAGCAGACAUAAUGAUAAUGACAGGACAGUGUUCUGCGGGACUGUCUUAAAUUCAAAAACUGGAUUGAAAGAGAAUUUAAUUACAGCUGAAGAAUAUAUUAAAGUAAGACAAGAUGAGAUGACAUUAAUAGCUCAACAUAAGUAUGGUGUGAGAGUUUCCACUGAUGUUAAAUGGAGGGAAUUUAUAGCACAUUUAGGCGAGUCGGCCGUAGCAUUUGAGAUGUUACAAACAAGAUCAUCCGGCCCCGUCAAGGUACACUUUGAUGCUUCUGGUGGCUCAAGUAAAGGUGCUGCAUUCAUACUGUAUAAUUGUGCUAGAUUGGAAACUAUGAUUCGUACAUUCAACGAGAAGGUCUCAGACGGCAGUUAUCCAGAUUUACCGAGCCUUGAUAAUGUAGACUUAUCACUACUUACGGAUGAGGAUGAAUGGUGUAUUAUAUUCACAUAUGUAAUGGGUGUGGCGUCUCUUAUAAGAAACACUGUAGAUAUGAAUGGUGUAUUUGAAUUCAGACCUCAUCUUAUUUGUAACUUUCUGAGCGGAAUGGUCAAAGUGUUCAGUCAGUAUUACAGACGUGUCAGGGUAUUAACGGUAUUUUAUUGUGCGAUCGCUCGCUCCGAUUGGCUCGCCGACGAUAGCCGAGUCCGCCCGAACGGCCGCCGAGCAUGGCCGCCGGCCGCGUCUCGUUCGCCUAGUGUGUUUUUGACAUCGAAUCUGAACACGGUUACGCUUCGUUACCGGCGUACGAGGAAUCCCGGACCGGAGGAAGGAGACCCAAGACGAAGAAAUCUCAGGGCAGCAGGUGAGUUAGUGCUGUGCCGUGAUAGUGUGAUGUGA